AUGAAGCCAUCUACUCUCCUCGCUGCCCUCCCGGCAGCCCUCGCAACAACAACCGUAUUCCCACCACCACCAGGAUACAAAGUAUCAUGGCAGUCCCUCCAACUCACCGACGACAAGCGCCUCGACCCCUUCAACUCCUCCCACACCCGACGCAUCAUGGUCUCCAAAUUCACACCCGUCCCGUCCCACCUCUGCAAGAAGACAUGUCGCGUGCCCUACAUGCCACCCACGGUAGCCAAGUUCGAAGACGACAUCCUAACUGCCUACCUAGGCGACGCGGGCUGGCCGCAGGGACUCCUGUCCACGCUUCAACUAGAGCUAUGCUGCGAGACGCACCCGCACGCCAACACGCAUCAGAAAUAUCCCAAGAUUUUGUUCGGCACGGGCUUAAACACCACGAGGCUUACAUACUCAGCCAUUGGCCAGCAGCUAUCUAGUCUGGGGUACGAGAUCAUCAUCAUGGACCACCCGUACGAGACGGACGUGGUUCAAUUCCCUAACGGGGACAUCAUUUUUGGGGGUAGAAUUGCGCCUGACCCAAAUAACACUGCUGCCUUGGAAUUCGGACUCAAUGCUCGCACUGCAGACGUCUCUUUCGUUCUGGAUACAUUCAAGAUCUGCAAGACGGUGUAUGUGGGCCAGUCAUUUGGGGGUGCUUCCGCCGCGGCAGCGUUGUUGAAUGAGUCUCGAAUCGUGGCUGGUUCAAACUUGGAUGGUGCGCUAUGGGGACCCGUGCUGCAAAAGGGCGUGAGCAGGCCGUUCUUCACGAUUGGUGCUGAGGGACACAGGGAGGCUGAUAAGUCGUGGGAUGUGUUUUAUAAAGCAAUGGAUGAGAAACAUCCCGACGUGUGGGUAAAGGAGAUUGCGGUAAAAAAUGCUUCGCAUGGGAGUUUUUGGGAUACCGUCAUCAUGGGCGACAUGACGGGGCUGAGGGGCAAGAAUGAGGCUCUGGAUGCUUUCUUUGGCAAGAUGACUGGAAAGCGGGCGAUGGAAGUCUUGAGAGCGUAUAUGGGCGAUUUUAUUGACUUCACAUUACGUGGGAAAGGGGAGGGUUUGUUGAAGGGCCCGAGUGAUAAGUUUCCCGACGUCACAUUUAUAAAAGAGUAG